AUGCAGCUACAUCCUUGGAUUACUUUUGAGCCCUCCCCUGGUGGGAAGGCUAUAACAAAACAUGCGCAAUCCGCCUUUCCAUCUUCUCUUAACAGAGUGUUGCGGCCGGCGUUUGUAACUUGUGUUGGUCGGAGAGCAAAGGCUACAGUAUUGCAGCGUAUGCUUGGAGUAAGGGGACCAAUACCAACACACAAUCAAGUGUGUUUAUGGAGUUCCUCUCGACUCCAUACUGGAAGAGUCCCGAUAGCGAUUAUUGACUGCGAGAUCCAGGGGUCAGAUCCUUCGGUGAUGCCUCCAACUACCCCAGAUCAAAGGACUAGUAGCUGGCAGCUUGCACCUACAGAUCCAAGACAUUUAGGUACCUUGCUCUGCAACCAGGUAUUCGCACCGUUUUCUAGGGUACUCUGUUAUUUUGCGACGGACAUAGGAGGCCAAAGGGCGACAGCUAAGUGGUUGGCGGAACAAGCGACGGACAGCUUCAACCCCGCCUUAGAUCUGCAACACCUCCCUCAGGUUCUUAUUGUAGUGGACACGACUUCGGAAACCUUCGAUGAGACACUUGCAAAAGACCGCUUUUGCAAAAUGCUGUUAGAGACAAUGCAGGAGCUUGGAGUAUUCCAAGAUGCUGCUGAGGUGCAGCAUAACAUCAACAACUAUUUUGCUGAUGUAAAGGUUCUUGGCCUAAAGUCUAGCAUGCAAUUGCCAAAACGCGCAAAGGCUGUAAAGCAACGCUUAGUAGCUAUGUGCAAGUCCGAUUCUCGACCAUCAUACCAGCGCUUCAGCCUGCGACAUGUAGAGGCACUGUCAACACAGCUCCUUAAGGCCGCUUGCUUACAGUCUACAAGCACCUUCUCGUUUGCCACAGCUUCUAGGCCUUGUGGAUUUUCGCUAGACUCUCUCGAGAGCUGCUUAGUAGACUUCUUAAGCCAACUACCGUCACAAGCAUGGCUCUGGCAUUUCCUCGCACCUCUGUUAGGGUCGGCACUUCUUCUUUCAAGUUACCCUCCAGACUCACACUCCGCUAUUCAAACCUACACGCAGCAUGCCGAUGUGCAAGACAGAUUUCUCAAAGCUGUAAAGGCUGAGCUGCAGUCACGCUUCUUAGCACUUACAAGAUCGUCUCGUCUAGCCGCAGAGAUCCACAAUAGUACCUUGCAAGAUUUGCAUCCCCAUUUUGCAGAGUUUAAAAGCCACCGAUCAUGUUUUUGCUGCUUUAUGCGCAUGCCCGAAAAGGUACUAGUGUGCGGUCACGCGUUGUGUGAUAUCUGCAUAAAAAUCUAUGGUCGGCGAUCGCAAUCUGAAAAGAACACCUUUGAGUUACCGGCUUGCAUAUUAUGCGGGGUUACUUAUGGAAACUCUGCUUUCCGAUUCGUUCCGCCUACAGCUGGGAUCCGGGUCCUUAGUAUUGAUGGAGGCGGCAUCAGAGGAGUAAUACCCCUCGUCUUCCUCAAACACAUUGAGACAAUGCUUUCACAGCUUGGCUGUCCAAUUCGUGAUUAUUUUGAUUUCGUUUGUGGAACUUCUGCUGGUGGACUUGUUGUUCUUGGAAUGUUUCUUCUCCAAUGGAGCACAUGCGAUUCUAUCGAUCGUUUCGAGGAUAUCGCUAGCAAAACAUUUGGUGAAAGAAACAAAACCUCUACAAUACUUGCUCGAGCAUUUCAGUACCUUGUUGCCUACAUUGAGGACGGUCAAUAUAGCCUCUCUGCUAUUCAAGAAGCUUUUAGAGCAACGAUUGAUGCGGAGAUUAAAAUGUUCAACCCUCUAAGAAAUGAUACAAAGGUAGCGGUAACUACUACGAAUGUAGGUGACUCUGCACCCCAGCUUUUUACAAAUUACAAUGGAAAACGACGACCGGUAUGUUUAGGGUACGAUGUCCUUCGCGCGGAAACUGCGCAGGACGACGUAACAGUUACAGACGCAGCAUGCUGUACGUCAGCUGCACCCUGGUUCUUUAGACCUUAUGCGGUACGGAGCUUGGGAACAUUUCAAGACGGAGGACUGCAACACAACAACCCAGCAAGCAUCGCACAAUGGGAGAUGAGGUUUAUUUGGCCAAAUAAGGAUCCCCCGGAUUUUACCUUAUCCCUUGGAACAGGCACUACGAUGUUAACUAAUUCAUGUAAAGACAAGGAGCGCUUUUACGUACGACUCUUUAGGAGCUUUAUGCGGAGCCUUGACGGAGAAGAUGCUUGGAAACGGUUUUUUAACUCAUUGCCAACUAGUUUGCGGCAUCGUUACCACCGUCUUAACAUCUUUCUACCAGGACAGGAGCCCCGUUUAGACGAUGUUGCUAAGAUUGCUGAAUUAAAAACACAGACAGCACAGGCUAUUAUUCAGGACAUAGAUACAGCGCCAGUUCUGGAUUCUAUGAUCGCUAGCCUCUUUUACUUCGAGUUAGACGACUUCCCUAACUGGUCCAACGGUACUUAUUCCUGUUCUGGACAUAUAAUGUGCCGCAUAGACCUUCCUGCUGACGGACGUCAUUAUCUUUACCGGAGGCUCUGUGAGACAUCUUCCUGGUUUAUAAUUCAAGGAUGUCCUGUUCAGUGUGUUGAGUAUUUGCCUACUAGCCUUCCUCCGUUCCGACGCUUGGUAGAGUUUUCAGUAGAAACUCUAGACGAACUGCUCGCAAUCUCACUUCGAGGCAUAACAACUUCUGCAAGACAAAUCAGCGGGUUCCCCGUUACAGUGCAGAACAUAAUCAAUGCACAACAGUUAGAAAGGCCAUUUGGAUCUGCAACGCAUGCAAGAACCGAAAAGGUAUUGCCUGCAGUACCCGCGAAACGCGCUUAUAACUCUGAGUUGUGCUAUCCAAGCCAUAGACGCCGCAUAGAUAGAUAG